UUCGUCCUUCUGUGAUAAGAAAAUCUUAAAAAGCUAUAAAAUUAAAAUCCAAUCCAAACACGCCCUAGGGUUUCUUUAUAGAACACAAAACCCUAAGCACAGAAACAAACGUAAUACACAUUAUAAAAGAUCUCUCAAUUUCAUCUGAUCACAAAUUUAAGGUAAGCUUUCAAAAACCCUUUUCUUUGUUGUACCGAAACACCCUAAAAACCCAGAAAAACCCGGAUGAGAUUUGAGAAAAUCAAGGGACAAAUCUGAACUUUAUUGGGAUUUGAAGAGAAAGUGAAGAAAAAGUUUGUGGGUGUUUUGUUUUAAGGGUUUUGAGCGGUUGAACCAAUGGAUGAUCUUGAAAAGGCGAUACGUUUUAGCUUUGAUCAAUCGGGUGCUGUUGAUUCAGCGCUGAAAUCACAAGCAGUGAGUUUUUGUCAGCAGAUUAAAGGGGCGCCAUUGAUAUGUACUAUUUGCAUUGAAAAGCUUUACUUUUGCAAGCUUGUGGAGGUUCAGUUUUGGUGUUUACAGACUUUAUAUGAGGUUAUUAAGGUUAAAUAUGCAUUGAUGAGUGUAGAGGAGAAGAAUUUUAUUCGGAAAUCCGUGUUUUCGAUGGCUUGUUAUGAGUUCUUUGAUGAUAACAAGAGUGCUGUUCGGGUUUUAGAGAGUCCUCCAUAUAUAAGGAACAAGCUUGCUCAAGUGUUGGUUACUUUGAUUUAUUUUGAGUACCCUUUAAUUUGGUCCUCAGUGUUUGUUGAUUUUUUGCCUCAUUUAAGUAAAGGUUCUGUUGUGAUUGAUAUGUUUUGCCGGGUUUUGAAUUCGUUGGAUGAUGAACUGAUUAGUUUAGAUUAUCUGCGAACUUCUGAGGAAAUAGCUGUGGCUGGAAGAGUAAAGGAUGCAAUGAGGCAGCAAUGUGUGGAGCAGAUUGUUAGAGCAUGGUAUGAAAUUGUGACAAUGUAUAGGAAUUCGGAUUUUGAACUUUGUACUAGCGUUUUGGAUUGCAUGAGGAGGUACAUAUCUUGGAUUGAUAUUAAUUUGAUAGUGAAUGAUGCAUUUAUUCCAUUAUUGUUUGAGUUGAUUUUGGGGGACGGGUUGUCGGAACGGUUCCGUGGUGCAGCUGUGCGGUGUGUUCUGGCUGUGGUUUCUAAAAGGAUGGAUCCACAAUCAAAACUAUGCCUUUUGCAAAGACUCCAAAUAAGUCGGGUUUUUGGUUUGGUCUCUGGGGAUGUUGAAUCUGAGUUGGUUUCAGAGGUAGCUGCAUUGCUUACUGGAUACGCAGUGGAGGCUCUAGAGUGCGUUAAACGGUUGAAUUCAGAAGAUGUUACUGGGGUUUCAAUGAAGCUGUUGAAUGAAGUUUUGCCUUCAGUAUUUUAUGUCAUGCAGAAUUGUGAGAUAGACACCACAUUCAGUAUUGUCCAGUUUCUUUCAGGUUAUGUUGCCACUAUGAGGAGCCUUUCGCCGUUGAGAGAGGAACAACUGUUGCAUGUGGGUCAGAUAUUGGAAGUAAUUCGUACACAGAUUUGUUAUGAGCCUGUGUACCGAGAUCAUCUUGAUGUAUUGGAUAAAAUUGGGAUAGAAGAGGAAGCCAGAAUGGUGGAGUUUAGAAAGGAUUUACUUGUUUUGCUGCGCAGUGUCGGUCGUGUAGCACCUGAUGUGACUCAGUUAUUUAUUAGAACUGCAUUAGUUAGUUCUGUUGUAUCCUCCCCCGACAGAAAUGUUGAAGAGAUGGAAGCUGCACUUUCCCUUUUAUAUGCACUUGGGGAGUCUAUGAGUGAUGAGGCAAUGAGAUCCGGAAGUGGAUUCUUGAGUGAGUUGAUGCCCAUGCUUUUACAGACAAGGCUUCCUUGCCAUUCUAAUAGGUUAGUUGCACUUGUGUAUUUGGAGACUGUUACAAGAUAUAUGAAGUUUGUUCAGGAGAACAUCCAGUAUAUUCCUAUGGUUCUGGGUGCCUUUCUUGACGACAGGGGUAUACACCAUCCGAACAUCCAUGUUAGUCGUAGGGCAAGUUAUUUGUUCAUGAGGGUUGUGAAACUUUUGAAAGCAUAGCUUGUACCUUAUAUAGAGAAAAUUUUGCAGAGCUUGCAAGAUACAGUUGCUCGUUUUACGAGUAUGAAUUAUUCAUCGAAAGAACUUUCGGGAUCCGAAGAUGGCAGUCACAUAUUUGAGGCAAUUGGUUUAUUGAUUGGGAUGGAAGAUGUACUGCUGGAAAAGCAAUCAGAUUAUCUCUCUUCAUUGCUCACUCCCCUUUGUCAACAGGUUCAAGCAUUGCUUCAGAAUGCAAAAGCUUUAAAUCCUGAAGAGUCCCCUGUAAAAAUUGCGAAUGCCCAGCAAAUAAUCAUGGCUAUUAAUUCUCUUAGCAAGGGCUUCAGUGAGCGUCUUGUAACCAGUAGUCGCCCUGCAAUUGGUCUCAUGUUCAAGCAGACAUUAGAUGUCCUUGUUCAAAUUCUCGUGGUAUUUCCAAGGGUAGAGGCUCUGCGGAGCAAGGUCACCUCAUUCAUACAUAGGAUGGUGGACACUCUGGGAUCAUCUGUAUUUCCUUAUCUUCCUAAGGCAUUGGGACAAUUGCUUGCAGAAAGUGAGCCAAAGGAAAUGGUUGGCUUCCUUGUAUUACUUAAUCAACUGAUAUGUAAAUUCAACACCUCAGUGCGUGACAUAUUGGAUGAAAUAUUUCCUGCUAUUGCUGGAAGGAUAUUUAAUGUUAUACCAAGGGAUGGGUUUCCUUCAGGACCUGGAACCAAUACAGAGGAAAUUCGUGAAUUGCAAGAGCUUCAGAGGACAUUGUAUACAUUUCUUCAUGUGAUAGCCACACAUGAUCUGUCUUCAGUGUUCCUUUCCCCCAAAAGUAGGAGCUACUUGGAUCCAAUAAUGCAAUUGUUAUUGUCUACAUCUUGUAAUCAUAAGGAUUAUCUUGUGAGAAAGGCAUGUGUGCAGAUAUUUAUUAGAUUAAUCAAAGAUUGGUGUGUCAGGCCUUAUGGGGAAGAAAAGGUGCCUGGUUUCCAAAGUUUUAUAAUUGAAAUCUUUGCAAGGGAUUGUUGUUUGUACAGCGUGCUUGACAAAUCCUUUGAGUUUGGAGAUGCAAAUACACUUGUUUUAUUUGGAGAAAUUGUGACUGCUCAGAAGGUCAUGUAUGAAAAGUUUGGCAAUGAUUUUCUUAUCCAUCUUGUAUCAAAAGACUUUCCUUCCGCAUGUUGCCCUCACGAUUUGGCUGAGCAAUACUGUCAAAAGUUGCAGGGUAGUGAUAUUAAGGCAUUAAAAUCGUCCUAUCAAUCACUGAUUGAAAAACUAAGACUCCAACAAAACGGGAGCCUUGUUUUCAGAUAGCAGCACAAAAGAAAAUUCUAUUUCUGUUAUGGAUCGCCGCAAUCCAUUUUUUGUUCAUCAAAGGAUUUCUUUUUGUAAAUAGCAAUUUAUGUCCAUUGUCCAUUCAAUGAAACUGAGUUGUAGAUUUCCGGGAAAAAGGCGUUUUUGCUCAUGAAGAAGUUGAAGAGUUUGUUAUAAUAUUACCUUCUCAAAGUUCUAAUAUUAUUCGUCUAAUGUGUGUAUUUGACAGUCUUUUUGUUUUAAUUCUUUAUCCCCUGGUAAAACGGCCAUGUUUUUCCUGGCUAUGUUUCUGUAUACUAUUUUGUUUGGGAUGAAAUGUAAAAUUUUUACUGUAGUACUCAAUAAA